AUGAGUAUUUGUAAUUCUACAUCCUCUGAAACUUCUUCCUCUCCAAAAUCUCAUAGUAGUGAGGAAGAAAAAGGAAAUUUACCAAAUAAUUUAUCUAUACAAUAUUUAAUGGAAGAUUUUGAACCAUAUGUUAGAAGAAGAAAAAGAAAUGAUAAAGAAAAAAUUAAAGAAAAAAUUGCUGAAGUUGAGGAAACGGAUCAAUUGUUAAUGAGAACAUGUAUAAAUUCAAGAGAAAGAAAAAGAAUGCAUGAUUUAAAUAAUGCUAUGGAAGAUUUAAGGCAAAGUUUACCAUAUUCUCAAAAUGCUAAUUCUAGAAAAAUGAGUAAAAUAAAUACUCUUAUUAUGGCAACAUCAUAUAUAAAACAAAUGAAAACACAUAUAAAAGAGAUGGAGAAACAUAAUCAAGAAUUAAAAAAACAACUAGAGAAUCAUCAAAUAAAAGUAAAUACAAUUAUUAAAACAGAUCCAAAAAUAGAAGAUAAAAUACAAGAAAUUGAAAAAAGUAUUUCACCAUUAAAUAAUAAUAAAAAUAAACCAUCAACUAUACAACAAAGUUUACCACAAAUUCCACCAGGAGCAUUAUUACCAAUGUCAACAUUACCACAUCCAUUUUCUGGUAUUCAACCAAAUCCAUUUUUAUUUUCAUUCUUAAAUACUGAUCUUUCAUUAAAAAAUCCACCACAAUUACCAUUUUCAGCAUUUUCACUUUAUUCACAAACUCCAUGGCUUAAUAAAUAA